AUGAGGAGUUUCAGUCGGCUCGCUGUUUUUUCUAUUUCUAUCUGUCUUUUCGUAUCUUGGUCCUCUUCGAUUGACAAUCUUAAUCAGGCGUUUCCUAUAUUAGAACCUGGUCCUGGUCACACAAAACUCCGCCUUUCAAGGGAAGGUUUGGAAGCAAUAGAGAGAAUAACGACUCCUAUUGCAGCUGUUGCUGUUCUUGGACCAUAUCGAUCAGGAAAAUCUUUUCUACUCAAUCAACUUCUCUCCCUUUCAUGUAACGGAGGUUUUGGUGUAGGGCACAUGCGUGAUACUAAGACAAAAGGAAUAUGGGUUUGGGGAGCUCCACUGGAAUUGGAUAUAGAUGGAGUAAAAACUUCUGUCUUCUAUCUUGAUACAGAAGGUUUUGAAAGUGCUGGAAAAUCUAAUGUAUACGAUGACAGGAUUUUUGCACUGGCUGCCGUCAUGAGUUCUGUGAUUAUAUAUAACCUACCGGAGACGGUUCGUGAAGCAGAUAUAUCUCGAUUAUCAUUUGCAGUUGAGCUUGCUGAAGAAUUUCAUGGCAGGUAUUUAGGGCAAGAUGUUGCUUUUGAACCUGCUAAGCUCCUGUGGCUAAUCCAGCGCGAUUUUCUUCUAGGAAAAUCUGUGCAAGAAAUGAUAGACGAGGCUCUCCGACAUGUCCCAAAUGCUGACGGGGACAAGAAUAUUGAUCAGGUCAACCAAAUCCGCGAUUCUUUAGCAAUCAUGGGAACUAACAACACUGCCUUUAGCUUACCGCUGCCUCAUAUCCAGCGCACAAAGCUUUGUGACAUGAAGGACGAUGAGCUCGAUCCAAUAUACUUACAGAAGAGGGAGAGAUUGAAAGAAAUUGUUGCUUCCAUCAUCCGUCCAAAGAUUGUCCAGGGUAAAACUCUCACUGGGAAGGAGUUUGUAUCUUUUUUGGAGCAGAUUCUUGAAGCCCUAAACAAAGGGAAGAUUCCAUCGACAGGCUCCCUUGUGGAGGUCUUUAAUAAGGGUAUUCUCGAUCGCUGUCUGAAACUUUACAGUGAUCGUAUGGGUAACCUUGGUUUACCAGCAUCCGAGGAUUCUCUUCAGAAAGCUCAUGAAGGUUCCAAAGAUGAGGCCUUGAAUGUUUUUGAUGAGCAACAUUUUGGUCGUCACCAUGCUAAGAGAUCGGUUGAGAAAUUGGUUGAAGAAAUAGAGAAGGUUUUGAAACAGAACUUAAAAGUCUGGCAUCAGCAAUUCUUAGAUUUUGUGCUUAUUGAUAUGUCUGUGCUGACUGUGCAGUUAUACAGGAAUUACAUACUAGCAAAUGAAUGUCAAUCUUCAAAAUUGUGUGAGGCUCUAUAUACAAAAUGUGAGGACAAAAUGGACCAGCUUCAAGCCCUUAGACUUCCAUCUAUGGGUAAAUUUAAUGCUGGAUUUCUUCAUUGCAACCAAAGCUUUGAAAGGGAAUGUGUUGGACCUUCUAAAAUUAGCUAUGAACUUAGAAUGAUGAAGAUGGGUGAUUCCUUUUGGCACUAUAUCUGCAAUAUUGCUGCUUCGCUGGCGAUGCUAUGGCCAGUGGAAGUAGGAAAAUUACAAUUUCCAAGAAAGAUGUGCAGCCCCAAUGAGUGUUGUUGUGAGUUGUGA